AUGAGUGAAGGAGAUGCCAUUUCCCUCAGCAAUGCUUCUCUGCAGGUGACCCACCGCGAUUCUCUUAACGUUAAAAGCAGCAGUACAGCUUCAGAGAUCUCUCAGGAUGAAAUACCAAAUGCGAGGCAGAAAGGGGAUCCUGGCUGCAGACUCUACAAAGGAGAUCAUCUUUUUGAGCCAGAGUUGGAAAAUUUGAUAUACAAUUUUGAAGACUCUUCACAGAAAGUUUUGACACCAUUAUGUGAUACAAGAACAUGCCUUAGCAACAAGGGCUCUCUGUAUGUAGCAGACGGGAAGGAAUCCUCAGAUAAUGAAAGAAUAUUCUUCCCCAGGGAGGAAUCAUUAUCCAAAGGAGAAUCAACACAACACAGCAAAAUGCUGUUCUGGUCAAAGGAAAGCUCCAUUACUGGAAAAGACUUGAUUAAAAAAGCAUCAUGGGAAACUGAGAAUGAGGAAGUUUCACUGGCAAAAGAAUGGUUACCUCUGGAAGAUGAUCCAUUUGUGAUAAUGGGGGAGUCAUUGCUGGAGUGCAUUGUUAAGGAAUCCCCCAUAAAAGAAGUGUCUUAUUUUCUCACUCAACCCACAGGCUCUUUAAUUAAGAAAAAUCCGUGUUUUGUUACUGAAGAAUUAUUUUUCAGAGAGGACAACUUUAACUUGACUGGCAAAGCAGCCAGUCAAGAAGGAAAUAUGACAGCCACUGAACAACAUGUUGACUGUGCAGAGAACUUGAAGGAUAUUUCUCCAGUCUCUUUGGAUGAAAACACAGAAUAUAUUCGAGCUCUGAUGAAAUCAAAUAGACUCAUGAAAGAAAAUAUCAAGAGCAACUUACUACAUAGUUGCAACAAAGAGGAAAGUGUUGGCGGCAGCGUUCUGUCUGAGUCUGGAGAAUGUAUAUCUGAAGAGUCUUUAUUCCAUCUUUCUGAGAAGUCACUCGAUGGCCAAGAAGAAUGCAAGCAAGGGGACACAGGUAGUAAAGGAAUUCUCCCAUCUCAUAGUACAAGAAGCCACUGCCUGAGUCCCUAUGAAGCAUCCUUUAAUAUGUAUGAGACAAAAAACUCAGAGCUUGGCCCAGAGAAAUGGCAAUUUCAGGAGGGGGAUGUGGACUUGAAUGAGGUCAUCAAGGAAUUAGAACAGGACCAGCAAACGCAGCAAACCCAAAUCAUGGAUCUUCAGUGUGAUAAUAUUUUUUUGGAAAAGAAGAUUAAAGAAAUAGAGAUGGAAAUUGUCCAGCAGCUGCAUUUUAUAGACACCAUAAACAAGCUGAAGAAGAACAUUGAAGAUCUAAUUGAAGCAAAGGACAAGAUCACUGUGGAGAAGUCUGAGACUGACAGCUGCCUGAAGAAUGUGCAGGAGGCUUUAUCCAGUGCCAGGGACCAUCUUGAGGAAGCUGGAGCUGAAAGAAAAGCCCUUCUGCUGCAGCUGGAAAAACUUAAAACCGAUUAUAGUCUCCUUCAGGAAAAGCAUGAGGCAGAGAUGGAGCAGAAGAUCAAAUCUACGACCCAGUGCUUACAGAUGGAUCAGACUAUACGCAGGAAAGAGCAAGAAAUACAAGAGCUGCAGCAUCUUAAACAAAAACUGGAGCAUGAGGUCAAGACUGCUACUUCCGCCUUGCACAGACUAAGGGAAGAAAAGGAGAAUGCAGAGAAACAACUCCUGUCCCUUCAGGCAGAACUUCAGAGACAGAAAGAUGACAGGCUGGCAGAAAGGCAGCAGUUGGAGUCUAAAUAUAACAAGCUGGUUACUCAGAUUAAAAUCCUGCAAACAGAAUCUGAAAAUGAGCGGGCUGAGACAGAGAAAAUGCAACAACAGAUCAGUGCAUUCAAAAUAGAGAACCAAGAGCUUCAGCAACAGAUAGUGAAAGACAGAGAGCAAAAUCAUUUUCUCCAGCUUGAAACUGCCAGGUGGAAAGAGCAGUAUGACAAAAUCAGGGAGUCACAGAUAGUAAAGGAUAUGAAGUCGAUGCAUUCUGAUUUAAUCCAGAAAAACCUCCACAGCGAAGAAGACCGUUUCAGUUCUCCAUGUGUGCAGCGAGCAUCCCAGCUUCUAUCUAAAAUUCGCAGCCUUCUGUCCCUCACAGAGGGACUACUUACCUGCCAGGACAUGGAUUCUACCACUGAAUAUUCCAAGAAGAGUGAAAUGAUUACUGAAUUGGGAGAAAAAAUGAAGAACGUCACCCUUAAAAAGAAAACCUUGGAGAAAGAGUUACACAAACACAGGGAAAGCAUAGCAGCCAUGAGAGAGUUAAUUAUUCGUGAGAAAGCUUCCCAAGAUCAAGUGACUGAGGAUGCAGGUGCUGGUCAAGAGGAAACUGGGAACGGCACAGAACUGCUUGAUUUGCUGAGAACAAAACUGGAUGAAUACCAUAACCAAAGUGAUGACCUCCAUUGCCAGGUAACAUCAUAUGAGGAAAUUAUUGAAUGUGCUGACCAAAGGCUUGAGAUAGCAAGUUCCCAGAUAUCAUAUUUAGAGAAAAGAAACAAGCAUCUGGAAGACUUAAUAAAGAAGUUCAAAAUGAAAGCAAGAAAGCUGAGACUGUGA